UUUAUACUAACAAUUGCAUGCAAGUAUGCAGACUGCACAAAAAACUCAACCUGCAGUCUUUUCGUUUAGUGCACUACUAAUGAGGUGUAUCCAGGUCAGAGAUGUUAUUCAUGUCUUACUGAUUUCCCAUCUCAAAUCUGUACCAGUUGCAGAUGAUAGGUAACAUGAAACAUGUGAGACAUACAAAAGGGAAAGCUUGACAAUUGCAGAAAUAUAUAGAUGCCAUAUCUUGAGAAAUGAUUUAUUUUAAUCACAUGACUAAUCACAAUGCUGUAAAUUUCAUACAAAAACAUGUCGGGCACUUUAUUCAAUUUCAACUCAUUAAACGUAUAUGCUGUAUUCCUAACAACUAAAAACAAACCAAACGGUGCUCCCUCUUAAUAUGCAGAGCCUGUUUUCAAUUGGACCAUCUCUACGGAUUGAGCGCAGUAUGACGGAAGUUAAAGGGUGUCUUGCUGAUUAUAUCACGGCAUAUCGAUAAUACAGGCUCAAUAACACAUUUUAUCCAAUAAUAAUAUAGUGUACAGACGUUAGAAAGCAAUGUACAGCUGUUGUAUGGUUAAAUGUAAUCUCAUGAGUGCAGUUGAAUGUCUUUGCGUGGUCGUGGUCACCCCUUCAAAGUGGACUGUGCCGCUGGUCUUAGACCAAUCACAUGCUUUGUUUUGGUACAUGCCCCGCAAUCAGGAAGGUGUAGCUUGCAGCUCCCUGCACUUUGACCGAGGUACAAAACCGUUUGAUAGACUUCUGUUUGGACUCAGACUUUGUAUUUGUCUGGUUCAUCUUUAACGUGCUGUCAGCUCACUGUUAUAUUUGCCAUGGCGCAGCAAAAUCUGUCCGUGGUACUGCACUCCCAGGGAGACCUCAGACUGGAAAAGCGGCCUGUCCCUGAACCAGGACCUAAUGAGGUUUUGCUCCAGAUGCACUCAGUUGGAAUCUGUGGAUCAGAUGUUCACUAUUGGCAGCAUGGCCGAAUUGGGGACUAUGUAGUCACGAAGCCAAUGGUGUUGGGACACGAGGCUUCAGGGCGGGUGUUGAAGGUCGGCUCAGCAGUCAAGGACCUUCAAGUGGGUGACAGAGUGGCCAUUGAGCCUGGUGUGCCCCGCGAGAUGGACGAGUUCUUCAAAAACGGACGAUAUAACUUGUCUCCUACCAUCUUCUUCUGUGCCACACCCCCCGACGAUGGAAAUCUGUGCAGAUACUACAAGCAUAGUGCCAACUUCUGUUACAAGCUACCUGAUAAUGUGACAUUCGAGGAGGGAGCACUAAUUGAACCUCUGUCUGUGGGAAUCCACGCCUGUCGCAGAGCCGGCGUAAACCUAGGCAGCAACGUCCUCAUCUGUGGUGCAGGACCUAUUGGAUUGGUCUGUUUGCUCGUGGCCAAGGCAAUGGGAGCCUCAAAGGUCGUCAUCACCGAUCUGUCCCCAGAGCGUCUCACAAUGGCCAGAGAGUUGGGUGCAGACUUCCAGCUGACAGUGAAGAGAGGAGAUGGAUCCCAGCAGCUGGCCAAGAGUGUAGAGGACAUGCUGGGCGCUCAGCCUCACAUCACUAUUGAAUGCACCGGUGUUGAGAGCAGCAUUCAAACUUCCAUCUAUGCAACACGUUCAGGGGGUGUGGUGGUCCUGGUGGGUCUUGGUUCUGAGAUGGCCACUGUUCCUCUGAUCAAUGCCGCUGUGAGAGAAGUGGACAUCAGAGGGGUUUUCCGCUACUGCAAUACGUGGCCGAUGGCCAUAGCCAUGUUGGCGUCGGGUAAAGUGAACGUGAAGCCCCUCGUGACUCACCGCUUCCCUCUGGAGCAGGCAGUCCAGGCCUUUGAGACCACACGUCAGGGUGUUGGGGUAAAGGUCAUGUUAAAGUGUGACGAGAAUGACCAGAAGCCCUGAUCUGACCGGCUGCAGUGACAUAAACCGGGUUGACUGAGAGCGACUCAGAAUGACAUCCAAACCUAAGAAAGAUAACAGUGAUAGUUCAAAGAGACACUAUUAGUAAUAAUAAUAACAGCACUGUGACCACUAUUACCUACAGGUCAGAGAUGUAAUUAAAAUCAGGUGGUACGAGUAAUUAUUUUAUGAUGCUCUUUGUUUUAUAAACAACAUUUUAAUUGUUUUUUUAUUGUAUAUAAUUUGCAAUUUUAUGUAUACGUAUUUAAAUUUAUGAUAAUUUUACAUACAGCUACUUUAGUAAAAGAAAAUCCUUAAAUAAUAAAAUUAAAAUAACAAAAUCUUAGGUAUUUCCUUUUUUAUAUUUGAUUUUCACACAACCUGUACUACAUAAUUGCAGGCAUUAGGGGGAACUAGAGAUUAAAAGUGGAAACGUA